UUCAGCAUACAGUGCUGUGCUGGGCUGGUGCACGUACAAUAGCUGGGGACAUGCCAAGCAAAUAGGAGGUCUAUGCCAUGAAGUGCUGACAGACGCAACCUGUGAAUGAUGGAGGCUGCAUUCCCUGACUCUUCUUGAACUCUGGAGUUGUCUUUCCUGGAGAUGAUCCCCCCAAAGGAGAUUUCCCUGUUCAGAAAAAAUCCCCGACACAGAAUAUCAACUUCCACAGUAUCUUUAAGAGUGCCAUAAUCCCGCAGAUCCCAGGCUUACAGUGGUAGCUAAACACAGCAGACUAUCUGUGCGCUCAUGAAUCCAGGCUUAGCCUCUUUGCUUUUGCUGGGGCUCUCUGCUGAGCAAGGUCCUCCUCCGCGAAAGCGAGCAAACUGCAUCUGGCUCUCCACAUGGAUGAAAGCUGCCCACUUUUGGAUGUCCAGGCAGGCCACAGGCAGAAACUCUGUGGCUCCAACUAUCCCCUAAGCAUUGCCUUCAUCGUGGUGAAUGAGUUCUGCGAGCGCUUCUCGUACUAUGGCAUGAGAGCUGUCCUGACACUAUAUUUCUUAAGCUUCUUCCACUGGGAUGAGAAUCUCUCCACCGCUGUGUACCAUGCCUUUUCUGCACUAUGUUAUUUCACACCUGUCAUUGGAGCCAUCAUGGCAGACUCAUGGCUGGGGAAAUACAAGACGAUCAUCUACCUCUCCAUUGUGUAUGUGGUUGGCCAUCUGAUAAAGUCAGUCGGUGCAAUUCCAUCCCUAGGCAACCAGGCAGUUCAUGUGAUCCUGUCUAUGGUUGGUCUGUUUUUGAUCGCCCUUGGAACGGGAGGUAUCAAGCCCUGUGUCUCUGCAUUUGGUGGGGACCAGUUUGAAGAGGAACAUACCUCGGAGAGAAACAAGUUUUUUUCCAUCUUCUAUUUAUCCAUUAAUGCUGGAAGUUUGAUCUCCACGUUUGUAACUCCUGUAUUAAGAGGGGAUGUGAAAUGUUUUGGAGAGGAUUGUUAUGCCCUGGCUUUUGGUGUCCCAGCAGCACUGAUGGUGUUGGCACUUGUUGUGUUCAUUGCUGGAAGUGGACUGUACAGAAAAACGCCACCACAAGGGAAUGUUUUGCUGGAAGUGUGCAAAUGCAUUGGUUUUGCUAUUAAAAACCGGCUGAAAAACCGGUCCCCUCAGAUUCCAAAGCGAGAUCACUGGCUGGACUGGGCAUCAGAAAAAUACUCGAAACAGCUGAUUGGGGAGGUUAAAAUGGUGACACGUGUCCUCUUCCUCUUCAUACCGCUGCCAAUGUUCUGGGCCCUGUUUGAUCAGCAGGGAUCCAGGUGGACUUUGCAAGCCACAAAAAUGAAUGCUGAUUUUGGAAUAUAUGUCCUUCAGCCUGACCAAAUGCAGUUCUUAAAUCCACUUCUUAUUCUUGUCUUCAUCCCAAUUUUUGACCUUGGGCUCUACCCCCUCAUAAACAUGUGCAAAUUUAAUUUCACACCUAUCAGGAAAAUGGCAACAGGUAUGAUCCUUGCAGGGAUGGCGUUUGGACUAGCAGCUGUUGUAGAAGUCAAAAUAAAUGAAAACGAUAUGCCUCGACUUGUCCCAGAAGAAAGUUUAAUUCGGGUUCUGAAUUUGGCAAAGAACCCUGUUCGAGUGACAAUCCAAGACCAGGACCUAUUUCAGCAGCCUGUGGAGGCUUUUCAGAAUCCAGUUGAAUACUCAAAAUUAAUAUUGAAUGGAGAGGAACAGAGCCUUCGCUUCACCCUGCAACAUCAAGGAUUGUCUCUUGAUUUUAACUAUACUGUGAAGGAAAAAUCAGUAUACAGCUUAAUUGUUUUUGAGGCAGACGGAAGCCUAUCAAGCCGCUUAAUUACAGACUUGGAAGCAAAGCCAGAAAAUGGUUUGGCAGCUGUUAGAUUCAUUAAUGGUUUGAGUGAAGAUGUCAACCUCACCAUUGACAAUAAACAGUUCAUUGCUGUUCAGAAAAAUUACAGCGCUUCUGAAUACUCGCUGCUGGAGAGGGACAGAUAUAAUAAUGGAAAAUGCAUAACUGAAAUGGGAGAAUUCACCCUGGAGCUAGGGCUGCUCGACUUCGGUGCAUCAUACACCAUUGUGAUAACUAACGUUUCUGGAGGUGCUGUUAAGACAUGGAAGUCAGAAGACAUCAAAUCCAACAACGUCCAUAUGGCUUGGCAGUUACCACAGUACUUACUAAUAUCUGCUGGGGAGGUGAUGUUCUCCAUUACAGGUCUGGCCUUCUCCUAUUCUCAGUCUCCGGCCAGCAUGAAAUCGGUGCUGCAGGCAGGCUGGCUACUCACAGUGGCUGUUGGGAAUACCCUUGUGCUCGUUGUUGCACAGGCUGCACCAAUGGCACAGUGGGCUGAAUUUGUCUUGUUCACUGUUCUGCUCUUUGCUGUGUGCAUUAUUUUCUCCAUCAUGGGAUAUUUCUAUGUCAGUGUGGAUCCAGAGGACCUAGAAGAAAAGGAAGAGAAGAGAGAGACCUCAAGCAGAGGAAACAUGAUUAGUCUUGUUACUAAGAAAACAAAGCUCUAACACAUGGCUGACACAGCUAUUUCUUCCCACCUGCUCAUCAUCACCUAUUGGAAGUUUUGUCUUUCUCCGAUCUGCCUGCUUGGUUGCUGGUAUGAUCCUUCCCCACUGUUUCAGCUGCAGUUGUAAAGCUUUGCUAAUUGGACCCAUUCAUUUGAAAGGCACCAGCAGUUUGGAUGGAUUUCCACUGGGCGUGCUGACAACCGGCCAGGAGCAGUUUGGGGGCUGUAAUGAAGAGCUGUCCCUGCUAGCUGGAGAAGGUGGCAAAACAGCACAUUCAGCAUAGCACUUCUCCAGUUUUAGAGCCACAACUCGAUCUUUGGUCCUUUUUCAUCAUUUACAAAUGGACUCAAGACUGGAUCAAAGAUCUAGGACCUGAUUCUGCGGAGUAUUGAGGUCUCUGGCUUUUUCUUCCAUAUGGUCAGCUCAGAGAUAGGGCCAUCCACAGCUCUUGGCACCCAAUUUUAGAACAAUAUUCCUUAUUCCUCCAGAAUUCCUUUGGCUUAGGAUCAGAAGAAGAAGCCAAAAUAGGGAUAGUAUAUAUAAAGCUAUGUGAACCUCUUUAGAGAACUAGCAGUCUGCUGCCUGUCCAGCUUCGCCCGUCACUGAAGGGAGUCUCAGCUGUUGGAGGAGUUUGCCCUGGAGCAGAUCAGGGAAAGCUCACACCAGCUGUUUUGGAGGCUGACCUAAAGAAAUAAUCGCUUCCAGCUAAGGGACAGUAAUGAACUAGUGGGGAUCUGUAGAAAUGUUGCCACACAAGCCUUCAUGGAGUUUGUAGAGGUUUGGCUUCACUGUGAAAGUGUGGGUAUUUAUCUGGUUUUCUGAAGGAUGCUUUCUGAUAAAGAUUUUUUUGUGCAUCAAAUUUUCCUUCAGUUGCACUGGCUGUUACUCAACACGUUUUCCUCCUUUGUGGGUUGUAAGUGUGGCCAGUGUUAUUUCCAGCUUUUCAUGAGAUAACCAUAAAAAUGAGUUUUCAAACUCAGCAAAACAACUUCUUGGCUGUGGGUUUGUUAAAUUUACCUCUUCUUUGUGAGGCAGUUGAAUGCUUUUAGGUAGCAAGCUGCUCUGUGCAGUUCAAGGGAUUUGCAUCUCUCUUUUCUUCCCUCUCCUUUUCCCCACAGCCCCGUAAUUCCAGAAGAUGAGUUUUGGAGGAUUCCAGAGGACGAGCCCUGGGAGGACUGCAUGGGACUGGCUGGGAUGCAGCUGGUGUGUGCUGUCAGUGCUGGCUGGGAGGCAGGAUCCCGGCCAGACACAGGAACUGGCUCCCCUCUGGAGACUCAAAUAGGGCUGGGCAAGGUAGCCUGGGGCAGGGCUUGCCCUAGUGGAAGACAUGGCUUUCCUGAGCAGUGGUCUGGAUGUGAGUUUCAUUGUGUAAGUGAAAUGUGAGUGAAAGGAAAAGUUUUCACUGGCCUUGGCUUUGGCCUGAGGUGCUGUGCAAGGAGGCUUGGAGACUGAUGGGGUGGGAAGGAAAGAAAAGGCUAUUUGGUCAAGGUCUUCCCAACGCCUCAAUGAAGCACUGAAAUUCCUCACAUCGAAUUAAUUGGAGAGAAAGUGAGAUGGGAGAAGUGGAAAGCUCAGAUGAUUAAAUAGUGGAUGACUUCAGACCUUUCAGAAAAUUACUCUCCUAACUGGUACUGAAGGGCCAUUGGGGAAGUUAGUCACCCCUGGCUUGAAAACUGGUUCAUCAUUGCAGAGUAUUGCAAAAACCAGCAUACAGACCUGUGUUGGUGGGUCUACAGUGACUAGAGGAGGAGGCAGGCAAUACCCCCACCAUCCAUGGCAGCCACCACCUUGGUUUCCCCUUGGAACAGAAAAAACAGCUGAAGGUGUAUUACAGAUGAGAGUAGCACAGGGGGGAGAGCUACAGUUUAGAGGUGUCUAACAGGCAGUUUUACCCAGGGUCAUACACAGAGAAAUCAUUUCCUCCUCUCUGUGUUGAAUUUCUUUGCCUAGCUACAAGAAACGCUUUCUAGAACCAGCAGCUUAAACCUGGGAGUUCAGCUCCAUGGCAAAUACCGCAGCUGCUGAAUUUUGGAUGGUACCAGACUUUGCAUUUCAUUAUCACUACAUUUGUUAUUGUGAUAUAAUUUUAAAACAGCAUUUAAGAUAUGUUUCUAGUCCCAGAUGUUGACAGAUCUGGCCAGAGUUUUGCAUAUUGAUAGCUGGAUUUAAGCUAGUCUUUCAUGUUAACAUGUGCAAUAAAUCUGUCACAUACAAGUAGAUGUUGCGGGGCCUUUGGCUCUCCGCAACAAUUUAGUAAAAAACAAAAUCCCCAGUGAAGCUGGCUAAGCAUGAACUGUGGCAUUGCUUUCUUGUUGGAGUUAUCCAUGUGCUUUGUAAAGCAGGGACCCUCAUUCAUCUCUUGCAAAGUCUUCACAGAAAGACUAAAGUGGGGGACAGUAUUAAACAUUUUGCCUUGAGAAGGGCUCAUGCUGUAUUACAGAAAUUGCAUGAAGGAAAAUAAUUGCUUUGCUUAAAAUUCCUCCUUCCUCACCGUCUCAGGUGGUCAACAAGGAAUGAAACAAGUUGUUUCUUAGUGAGCUUUGAAACAACAACCUGCUAUGUUUUCUCAAGGUCUUUCCAUGCUGUGUUUUACCAGCAGAUCAACACUUACCUACCUCUAGUACCUGUAGAUCAGAAGAUUGCCAGGAUGCAGCGCAGCCACACUGCAGGCUCCCACUGUCAGCAGAUCAACUCUGAUCUCUUCAUUUUUAAUGAAUAGUUUUAGCAGUUAUCCUGCAGGGCUCAGUCAGAAUUGGUCUAAAUUUAGGACAAAACUAAGAAUUGGAAAGAACUGUAAUCAACAAGUUAAAUAGCAAAACUCUCAAAAAAACCUGCUAAAACACUGUUUUAGUGCUUAAUUAAAAUUGUAAUAUGCUUACAGUAAGUAAAAACCUAAACCAGAAUGUAGCAAUUCAGUUGGAGUGAUGAGGAGCUGCAGUUGGAAUCCAGCAGCGUGGCAACUGGCAGCCAAGCUGAAGACACAAAAAUCAAGCAAACAUCACUUUUUGGAUUAUUUUUUGUCAUUGCAUAUGUUGUUCAGUCUGCUUGGCCUGUCCUGUUCAAUCUACCCAUGUGUGUAAGGAAAUGAAGUUGAACUGACUUGUGGAAGACAUGUACUCUUCCCAAGCUGCAGCUUGGUUUUCUUCUUGUUGCAGACUCCCAAGUUAGCUCCAAAUUACUCUUUUCGCUAGCAGUCAGCCCCCUCAGUCCCACAUGCUGAUCUUCCCUCCCCAAAAGUCACUCAGACUUCUCCUCGAUGACUUUGCCAGCCCUCAGCGCCUUGCUUAUUCCUCCUCUCAUGCAGCCUCUCUACUGCCAGCAACAGUGUGUCUUCUUGGGGGUUGUCCUGGGCAAUGCUGCCCACUUCCCUGAAGCCAGAAAAGCUUCUCACCCACAGGACUACCAUGUCUGGGCAGAAAUCACUGAGAGACAAGUAUCUGGGUGGUAAGAGGGCAUCAGCCCUCACUUACUUUGGCUCUGCCUUCUUGUCACAGCCUUGUAUGGCCCGAUGCAUCUCCUGUAGGCAAAUCAGUUCAUAAGCACAGGGGUAAUCCAGCAUCUCCAUGUGUCCCUCCAAUCUAUCCUGUGGCCCGUUUGCUGCCUACAGUCAGCCCUUGUGUUGUGCCACGUCAAGCUGCAGGGACUUUGGGACUGAAGCCCUACUGUUACCAGCCAUGAGGGCUCCAUUUGUGCAGCCUGUGGCCCCAGCCUGCUUUAGUUUGCUUAUACAUUAUUAUGGUCAGGCUGCUCCUUCCCGCCUUGCACUUGUGCUGAAGGCUCUGGAGCCCUCCCCUGUCAGUCAGUUUGUGAGUCUUUGUCUUUCUCUUGAGGAGUGGGAGAAAAACACUCAGAUUGUGUUCAUCGCAGUACUAGUGUGUGGUCAGUGAGCUGCAUCUGCCCCAUCAGUGUGGUCAUGGCAGCCAGUGAAAUGGGACUGCUCCUCUGCCAGCAGUGCUGGCACAGGGCCUGCUGGUCAGUGGGGCUGGCUCUGUGUCCUCCCCAGGCUUGACCGGGAUGUUUUAAGAGCUGGUGUCAAUGUUUUGCUGGGAGAUCUGUGUCAGCUUCUGAAUCUGCUGGGUGAGGAGCAGCAGGCUGCGUGCCUGGGCAGAGCUGCUCCUCCCGACACAGAGACCUGUGCUAGUGCCCUUGGUGGGGCACUUUCUGCUCUUUCUUCAUCUGCUUGCCCGGCCCCAGUGACCAGGUCUCAGGUAACAGGCCUCUCUCAGACCUCGCUGUGUUAUGUGCCCAACUACAAGAGAAGUUUCUUCAAGUGGAAGUCAAUUUGGUUGCUUUGAGCUCUACCCAAAUCUGCUUAGAGCUGCUUGGAGCCUUUGUUCAGGCUCUUUCUCUGAUUAACCUGUGCAUCAAAAGGCUCUCCAAGUAGGCCUUCAUGCUGUCCUCACCAAAGACAGAAACCUCUCAAAGGUGCUGUGCCAAUAUGGAAUUUUCCUGCCCAAGUUAGAGGUGAAACAGGCCAGCAGGAAUUCAGCAGGUGCCAGGAGCUGCUGCUUUCCAAAAAGGCGAGUGACUGACAAUCCUGGCAGCUCCCUACAUGUGAGGCUGUGCAGUUUAGCUCCUCCUGUGCCCUGAGCUCAGCAGGGGCUGGCGGAUGCUCAUAUGCCUCUCUGGGGGCUGCAGCUCCCAGGUCCCAGCACUGGCUAACCCACUCGUGUGCCAUUCAUGGUCUGUCAGCACCAGCUUUGCUUCUUGAUACUUUAUACAGCCCAAAAUCUGCAGAGCUAGGAGAAGAAAGUUUCCUCUUUCCACAAAGUGUAUUUAAUAUGCAUUUUCUUCCUCUUUUCUCAUUGACAGGCAGUGCCAUUAGCUGCCCUGUUAUUUCAGGGCUGGCCAAGGGAGCUGUGCUGUCCCCCAUCUCAUCGCUUCCUUGGAGUAAGGGGAGGUUGGGGCUCUCCCACUCUGCCCAUCCACAAGCACCUUCCUGGAAGCUCUCCUCAAAAUCAGGUCUCCUGCUCCUCCAAAGAGCACAUCCCUCAUGAGACCAAGGAUUUGACAUGUUUUUUAGCAGCCAGUCUCUUUGUGGGGAUUAGCCAGCCUGGGUAAUGUUUGCAUUUCACUCUCUGCUCUCUGCUGGCUAUGGCUUUCCUUUUGGAGCUAAUGUCACUAUUUUUCUUUACUUUUUUCCCCCCAUAGGUUGUCCUGAGCACCUGCAUUCUCUGUAUAAAAUAAAUAAAUGGCAGGCAGAUGGUCCAUCCAUCUUCUACCAAAACUUUGAUAGUGCCAUGAAGAAUCCCUCUAGGCUAACAGUGCCAGUAUAGCCCUUUACAUCCCUACUAGAGGACUUCUUUGGCCCUUCUUUGCACCAUCAUUUUGUACAUGCUGGUUAAAACCAAAGGGCUUGUGCUUCAUUUCUCACAACCUGCAGCACUCCUCAAGCUUCUGUAAUGCGGGCUCCGAGUUCCCUCUUCUGUUUGAGCUGAAAACUAUUAAAAGCUGUUGAGAGCUUCAGAACCAGCUGUUUUUUGUCUAGGAGAGUCAUUUUUUUCCAUUUUUUUUACUGUGUUCACAUCACGGCUAUGGAGUGAAACACUGCUCUAGUCUUCUCCUGUCAGCCCUCACUUUUCCUGACAAAGUUGGGCUUUUAGCUUUUCCAUAGAAACCUUAUCUUCAGUGCCUUUAGUCCUAAUGCUGUUCAUUGUUCAACAUCCCUUGAAGCCAGGGAUUUGGGCUCCUUCCUUUGGGUUUUUGCUUCUGUCUUAGCAUUUCUUAGCUGGUGUCACUGUACUACACCUCCUGGGGCCCACUGACCUGCUGGGCUGAAAAGGAGCAGAGAAGUCAUUCCAGUGGUUUUAAAAGAUGCACCUAGACUGAACCUGCUCAACUCUGAAAGUUUUGAGCCCCUUUUCAGCUUUUUAGAGGAAGAGCAGGCACUUUUCCAUGUAAAGUUGUGUUCUCAUGACUACUGCAUCCUGCUCUGGCUGGGAGCAGAUGCUGCCAGGUCAGAGCAGCUCUGCCAUUCUGGGCACUUUGCUUCUGCUUUCCUCUGGCUCUGCAUUUCCUGGCUUGAAUUCAUCUGCUCUGGUCUUCUGUUUGGUGGGUCUCUCGCAGUAGUGAUAUUUACUCCAAGGGAGCCAUUGCCUGUAACAAUUUAUUGGACCGGUCUCAUGAUGUUACUUUUGGUGACACCCAUCAUGGGGUUUAUUUUGCCUUUUCAGUCUCCACUGUUGUUCCAGGGUUCUUCUGUGGUUUCUGUUGAUUCAGAGUGUCAAGUUUUUGCCAAUUUUGUCUUCUUCAUCAUGGCUAACCAUUUUCAGUGCUGUUCUUGGAGUCCAAGUGCCCUUCACGCCACAGAUCUGCAAGCUAAGUAAACUUGACGAAUCAUUAGGGCAGACUUUGACCUCUCCUGUCUCCAUCAAAGACUGGGAUUAAAUUAGGUCCCUUUGAUGAACUGAGCUGAUGGGCCAAUUUGGAUUGCACAUGUGGUAUUAUGAGCCUCAUGGUGCUUAUGAUUAAAAGACAUAAGAGAAUGCAAUUAUUUAGAGAGCUACUGGGAGAUUGCUGUAACUCACUAGUCACUUUAUCAGAAUAAAAGAAGAGCCCGAUUCUGCAGGAUGGCAGGCAGCUCCUCAGAAGUGUCUUGGAGCCUCUAAUUGCUGGGGGAGGUGAGAGACACGUUCAUCUCCUGCAGGUUUUGAUGUGUGUGAUAACACUGCUGAGGGCAGGGGAAUGUCACUCCAACCAUUUCUGUCCCCAAGACACUUGCUCCAGGAGUAAAACCUUUCACACAGGUGGCUUCUUUAUCUCUUUCUACAGUUACUUGGGGUUUUUUUCCCCUAUAAACUAUAGUUGUCUUUGUAUCAAGGUGGAGCUCAUCUGGGUUUCUUUGCUGGACUCUAAUCAAAUCCUGACCUGCACAGGAAGCUCUGUGCAAUCUAGGCUGACUCCCUGCAUCAAAUUUUCAAGCCUAGGGCUGGAGCCUGACCUUGUAGGAAAAUUUCUGUUAGCUUAGGCUCUGCAUCAAGCCCUGAAGAUGGGGUAUGUCUGACUGGACACAAAUACAAUUUUGCCCAUUUUUUUCUCGCAGGUUACUGAGUCAGAACUGUAUUGCAUAUGUAAUUGUAGCAGGGCUAUUCUUCUCUUCUUUUUUUUUUUUUUUUUUUUUUUUUUUUUUAAGAAACAUUCAUGCUGCGUUUUAAUUACAACAUUUAGAAUGUGUCCAAAUAGCUUGAGCUCAAAUUGAUCUUGUUUUUCAGCCAGGAAGCUUGUUUUUCAUCUAUUAUAAUAAUAAAUGUGCUAUUGAUAAUAGUUUAGGUGCAUUACAGCAAAGCUUUCUGUUAUUCAUCAGCUCUGGAGGGCCAAAAUUUUCUUAUUAUCUCUUAUUGAUAUGACAGUUUGCAAAUAUUUAACAAACAAAUUACCAGGUUUUCCUUGUUCCCUCCAAGUUUGCAAUCUCUGUCUUUUUGACAGCUGAAUUCAGGAUUAAUGAUGAUCUUGUUUAAGACGAUUGUUUGCUAGCAGGUUUAUUUCCUAAACCUAUAAAGUGCAGUAGGAGAACUAGAAGUGGCACUUUGAAUUAAAUCUCAUCCUUGAAGCAAAUUUUUUUUAUCUUUAUUCCCUCCAAUUCUCCUAAGCAGAAAUCGGAUUUUCCUGGUAAAGUGCUUAGACCUGUUAUUAAUUUCUUAGUUUAUGUAGUCAUUUUAAAUAUAGAAGCUUAACAUGAAGGGCUGGCAAAAGGAGCUGUUUUUCUCUCCUAACCCUGAGCUUGCUAGGUCUGUUCAGAUUUUAAGUGCUUUAAGAGACAGAUCUUCUCUGAGCACAAGCAUGGGAGCAAGGAGACCACCUUGAGCUUCCAUAGAAAAAAGAGAUCCAGAAGGACAUGCUGGAUUUGGUCCUCAGUAAAGCACUGGAGGUGGCACUGGGAAAUACUCAGUCCAGGUCCUGGGUCUGGUAAAACACAUCCACACUCUGCAGCAGCUUCCUCUCCACCUGCUCUAGGUCUGAGCACAGAGUAAAGGGUACAGAAAGGGCUGAAGUGCCAACAUCUGCCUGGGAAGAUUGUUUGUCAUGUAGAUGACUGUAGAUGAAGCAAGGACGUGCUACACCCCAUGGGAAAUCCUGGUGCAUCCCCCAGCGGGACCAAGGGCAUCUUCUGGGGGAAAACACAGCACCAGAAUAGCGACUCAAAGGAAGCAUGAAGCACCCUCUUUGGAGCACGUGCUGGGCACGGGGCCAUUUCUGCCCUGCGGUUUCUGACCAUGGGCUUUGCAUACACAAUACAGGAAUUCAGUAGUGUGUGAGCCAGGCUUUGAGGAUGAGAAGUGAAUUUGUUCUCAAGUAAAAUCACCUUUUGUUAGCAGAAAAUCUGUGACUUGAGUUCCCCAAGGGAAUAAUGUUUGAAAAUCACAGAUGAUUAAAGGAUAAUGCAUUUGAGGGGGUUUUUUUUGGUUCGUUGGUUUUUGUGGUUUUUUUUUUUAUUUGUUUGCCUUUUGGGUUUGGGAAGCUGGAUGCCACACCCAAGUUUCUCCACAACUGACCUGGCCACAAUUUUUUGGUUUAAUGCAAGAAAAUCUGAGACUCUCCUUAGAAGAGGAGCCCCCAGGAGUUCUGAAAUACCAAACAUCACACCAGAAAAAAUGACUAAAGCUGGCAACUUGGAGUGUAGCAUAUCACAUUGGUCUUAAGCAAAAAUAAGCCAAAUCAAACAAGGCUUGAUGGAACUGAAUAAAAGCAAGCAAGCACCACAGCUUGGCUUGAAAUAAUGUAUUAAUAGAGAGUGUUUCUUCAUUACUUUUUAUUUGAUAAGCAGUAAAACCACAGACUCGUGGGGAAUACAGUUUGUAUGUGCCCUCUGCUAAUUGCCCGUCUCCAUUUGCAGUGUAAGCACUCAUUACUCACUUCCUUGGAACUAGCAGUGGCCAGCAUGGAGCAGUGAGGGGAGGCACAGCUGUGUAUUUCAGCAUGCUUGCACAUGUGUUUUCAAUUCUGGAAUAAUCCCCAUUAUAUAGACAUUUUAGCCUAGUAUUUAAGCCUUCAUCUCACUUCUUUUUAAGACUUGCUUAACACUUUUCCAGUUGAUUGAUGCAGCAUCAGUCACAGUAAUAUGCCAGCUAUGAUGUUCCCAUUAAUAACCACCAAGGAGCUGGGUGGCUCAGGGCCCUGAGCUGAGCGUGGGUAUUUUCUCUGCGAAUGCCAUGGAGGAUUUGCUGACCACAGCAACUUGCAGAUGUGCAGGGCAGCAGCAAGAAACUGCUCAUCAUUCGGUCCCCAGGCAUCUUCCAUCUUGGGAAUGUGCCUAUACGUGUGGUUACAUUUUCAGCCCUCUUCUUCUGUUGGGGGUUAAGACUUUGUGAAAAAACGGCCUUACAUGCAAGUUCAUGAAGUGCAGCUACCAGCUGGACACACCAAGGGUAAACUGACUCCAAUUACCUGCUUCGCUUACACCAACUGCCAUGUAUUACAAAUCAAACCAGCCACAAGGAACCAAACUAUUAAGCUGCUUUCUCAUAAUCAUUAAUUAUGAAGAUACCAUCACUCAUGUUUGUAAUCUAUGAACUGUCCUGUGAUAACUGAUUUCUUUUUUUAGUUCAGUGAAUUGUGGUGGUGAGGCUGCAAACACUGUUGGCAAGCAGUUCCUGUGGGGACCAACUCCUGCAGGUCUGAGCUGGUGAAACUCCCUUUUCGUGACAUGAAGCCAGCACAGUGACCUUGCAGGUGCAGAUUUACGUUCCUCUUAUCCUGCUGGCCACCCUGACCAGUCUGGGAAAAGCCCAAUCCAAAUGUGUCCUGCUUAGAUGGUCUGGCAGGAGAAGGUCAGGCAAGUAUUUGAUACCUUGACAGUCAAUUUAUGGAGAAGCUUUCAGGCCAAGAGGGCAUUGCUCCGAAGACUUUCUCUGGCAUGUUGAACACCUCAGAACUUUGCUGGGAUCCACCAGUCUGGAUACUAUUUUCCCUCUCCUGCUUUGCUAUCUUUAAUGUGUUUAUUCUCAAUGGGGCAGCUUAGUGAGAGAGGCUCUUAUCCCCCUCCCAGGGCAAAGGCAGUGGGUAUGGGGCAAACCCCAUACUUCUUCAGGCCUCCCUCAAUGCAUCCUGCUGAACUUUGGCCCUCCUUACACAUGUCUGCCCUUUCAUGUCGCUGGAAAGAGCAGCAAAAUGGGUAAGAAGAGAAAAAGCCCUCUAAAAUUGCUCAUCCCACCAGUGUCACUUGCUGCCCAGGUUAGCCAUGGUCUGGAGACUGAGUUACCAACGGGAUUUGCUAUCAGAGCAUCUGGGACAGUCUUGCGCUAUUUUCUCCCUAACUGCUUUCCGGACAGAUGUCUCCCAGCUGAUUGGUCUCCUCAGAUGUGCACAAGUCCAUGUGUGUGAUCAGAUCACUGAUAAAUGCUCCACAGCCAUGUCCCAAAUCUCCCCUCCCCGAAACCAUACCUUCCAUGAGAUAUUGAUAAAUGAGAUCUUUAUUGGCUGCUGGGCUAAUUAAAUAGAAGUUGCAUCAGCUUCUAGCUGACAGGCUCUAAUUGCUCCUGAGCACAUUUUGAGCAGUCCAGAUGAAUAGGAAAAUAAAAGGAAAGACUGUGGAUUGGAUCCAAGGAUGUAUCUGACUGUGUUGUGCUUCAGAUGAGCUGGAAGUUUGUCCCAGCUUUCCCUAGGGAAUGGGGACAGGACAAAGGCUCCUGUGCUGCAAGAGCACACAGGGAUGUGUUGUCAGAAAAGCCAAAAUUAACAUAGAUAACAAAAAGGAGAAAAUAUUAUCCUGGUUUUAGAUAAGAAUUUCUGAAGUCUUCUCUUUGCUCCAAUCUCUAGCUUUGGCCUCAGACAGCCGGUCCCCAUUGCUCUGUGCUUCUGUUACCUGUCUGUCACACAGGACUAACAACGCCUGCUGCUGAGGGCUGAACUGUCUCGGAUGCUCUAGCACAACAUGAAUCCCUGAGCCUGAGGGGUUUUUUUACCUCCUGUCACCUCAAAGUCAAAAGGCAGCAAAAAGGGGUGUCAGGCACUCAGCAGCUCCUGCAGCCAAACCCAGUCCUGUGCAGCCCAGCUGAGGAUGUAAGGAAGGAUGGUCAUCUCCAGCAAUGAGGAUGUUGGGACUCUGAAUCUGGCCCUUCGUGACACACCGUCCUUUGAAGACAAGAGGUGCUGCGUGUGUGCAACACUGCAUGCUAGCUGUCAGCAAGGGGUGCAAAGCCCUCCUGGCCUCUUGCUGCCGUUCCCCCGUGGAGGAGCAGGGCUGGGGUCCGAUUUGCUUCUCUCCUCCAGGCUGCUGCCAAAACCUCCAAGUGGGAAGCAUGGAUGGUUCAACAGGAGAAUCACUAACAGCAGAAGUUGCUGGGUACCCAAGUUUUGGGUUGAUCCAGGACAGAGCUGGACCUGGUACACAGUAGAUCCUGGCACUGAAAAAAUUAACUGAAAUUAAUGGCCAAGCCCUCACUGACUUCAGUGGUGUCAUGUUUUCCCCAGUGGACUCUGCAGGCUAUAUCUGGGCACAUCCAGCCUAAGAGGCUUGUCCCAUGUUUAAUUUAUGGGGUGAUGAAUGAGUUCUUCGCAUACAAUGCAUUUAAUUCCAUUUUGGCCUGAUUUAUGGUGUGAUGUGAACUGCAUGUGAAGUUUUUAAUUCAGUAGGUGGUGACUCUGAUUCAGUAUAUGGAGUGUGACAGAAGAGGUGAUAAAUUUGAUUCCAAAAGUGAUGCAUCAAUUUCAGUGUGAGGUGCAUCAAAUUUAUCACAUGGCACAUUGGUUUCAGUGCGUGACACCCCAGCACCAGGCCAGUUAAGCAGCAUAGCAGUGGUAUCACCAGUGGUCGCCACAUCCACCACUUCCUCAGAGUAAAAUGGCCCUUGCUGCUGGUCUUUUAUUCAACCUUGCAGGACUUGAAGAAAACCAGUAAAAUGGUUCAUCAGGUGAUGGUCAAACUAUUCGUCUUCAAUUUAAUACAUGCCCCUGGUAGGGUUUCUGAUAUCCCACCUGAUUUCAGGUCUCAGGAAGAUGCUGCUGCUCCUGAGAAUUCCAGCACCAACCAGGAAAUUGGCAUCAUAUUGGGUUCAUUUCAUGACUCAAUAUCUUUGCUUUUAACUCAAUGUCUGGCUGAUCCACAUUGCUGAAUGAGGAUGUGGAUUCUGAGUCCUCUCUGGGAGAGAGAGACUUUAACACUGGACUGUCUCAUAUCUGUAACCUUUGAAGGCUAUUAAAAAAAAACACCUGGGGAAGACACCUCCUCUUCUCCCUCACUCCACACUGAGGAUGCUUUUGGAACAAGACUUCACAGCUGAAAUAAACCCACAUCUUGAUCAGGGGAUCCUAAUGGCGUUCAAGCAGCAGCAGUUCGGGACUGAUGGGACUUGGUGCAUACAGCAGGACAGCCUGGGGUGUGCUGGGUGCCGAGGGGGCUCCCACUGCCUGUGGUACCCAACCCCUUCCCCAACUUUGUGCCCCAUGAACACCAGCACUGCUGAAUCCAGACCCAGCCCAGUGGAGUGUGGCAAGUCGCUAGCGCAGCUGAGAAAGACGUGUUGAGAGGGCUGAUGAAGGGAUUUGGUGACAAGCUGAGCGGGAAGUAAUUACUUUUCUCCUUCUCUCUUGCUCUUACUGCCACAGCCUCUGUGGCAGCGAGGAUAAAUGCAGUAUAUUAGCAGCAGUGAGUGGCAGAUUCACUGAGCUGCAAUUUAUAACACUGUCCUCCCCAAAGCCUCAUUGGAGGGCAUUAUGAAGUUAGCUUUGUAAGAGGGGAUAAAAUGAUGAGAGGGUCACUCUGGAAAAGCAUUUGGAAACCCUCAGAAUAGGACCUAUUUUCUUCUCUCUAAGCCAGGUAAGUCUCAUUGAGCUGAACCCAGUGGAACUCUGGGGGAGGGUUAGUGGUCAUGCACCAGAUAUUAAAUUUAAUCCAGUGAGAAGGAGAAGAUGUUGAUGUGCCAGCCCUGUCUGCCACCACAUUUAAUGCAUAAGGAUGGCUGAAAAAUCUUCCAUCAAAAUGUUUUGAUUUUUCUUGAAGGAAAAAUAGAAAACUUCUACUGGGAAAAAACCAAAACAAAACAAAACCAAAACAAACCACCAAACACAACAACCACAAAAAACAAUAAACCCCCAAGGUAGAAAACUUAUGGCUGAGAAAACUUUGUCUUCACACUAUUGAUAAAGGGUUGCUGCUGUCAAAGGGGAUAAAGAGGAGGAUGUUUUUCAUCAGCCAUGUUAAUCUGAUCUAUCCCUGCAUGCAGGCUUGUGUGGGCAGAUAAAAUAAAACAGAUCCCGAUACGCUGAGGAGCCAAACUCUAUCUCAGUUUCCAACAAGGGACUCUCAGCCAUCUGGAUGAAGAGGCUUCACUUACAGCCCCGGUGAAGGGUGUCAAGCACUGGGGACAGACACUGGGAUAACGUGCCUCUGGUCUGCCUAAAGAGAGAUGUUUGCAGUCUUGAUCCGUGCUCUGGGCUCCCAAAACCUCUACAGUAAACAGGUCACACUGCUCCCGCUGCUAACAGCCCGAUUCCCGCAGGGAGGGGAAGCUUUCACCCCAGUCCUCCACUCUCCAAAAGGGUUAAAGACCCCCACCUAGCCAUACUUUAAAUGGUUUAAAAAGUCCAGGGGAGAGGAAAUGCUAAAACCCCCCAUUUCAGUAGCAAAACCCCCUCAUGAAUCUGAAGUACUAUUGCAGCACCACCUUGAAAACAACUUUUUUAAUGACCAGGGUAGGAACUGCUGAAUCUGGGAAGUUGCUGUGCCAGCUCCUCCAUCUCCCAAGCACCCCGGUGAGGAGGUAUGUGCGCAUCUCAGGGAUGCUCCUGCCGCUGCCCACCCACACCCCACACCCCCCCACCAGUGUCUGAGCCUGCUGGGAGCUGAGCGGUGUGGCUUCUGCUCCCGCAUCCCAGCUGUGGGGUGGCUCACCAAGCCCCUGGCACAGACGCUUCUGCAGCACUGUGCAGUCACCCUGCAGAGCUUCCCAGCUGCCAGAACAUCUCAGUUGUGGAGAGAAGUGUGUAAUUUAUAUCUUCGUUUAUUUGUUUUGCAUGGGAGACAAGGCUGCUGGUUUAUAAUGUUGAACAACCGUUUUAGCUGAGUGCAGUAGGUCCCAUAAAUCAAUCGCCCUCUUCAGAGCAUUAACCAGUUGCCAGGAACCAGUGAUUUUAUGAUACCUUUUCAUGUUAUUCUGGGGGACUCUGGGGCCAGAAUCUCAUCUGGUGAAACUUGGUCUCACUCUCCAAAUCCAGAUGAUUUACAUUAGCUAUCUGAUGCUGCUAUGAGAUACUGCAAGUAUUCUUACACAAAUACUUUAAAAAUCUUAUUUGGCCUAAUUUUUACUGAAGGAGGAUUCAUACAUUGCUUCAUGGUGUUUUAAAAUACAUUUGACAGAGCAUUUCUUUAUCUCAGGUCAAACUGUAUGUCCUAAACAAAUGCAUCUGUCACUCUGAAAUAAGUCUGGGCCAAAGCAUUAGCAGAAAGGAGGUCCCUUUCCAGUACUAUGUACUUCAAAGGCUACUGGUCCCAGUUAGCCAGGCCUCGCAGGGGCUCGAUUUCCUCCUGUCUGCAUUGAUGAGGCUCUCAGUAGACAUCAUGGUUUUCCUUCAAACCCUUUGUCUAUCAUCAGCUUAACAAAGGUGAGGCUGCUGGCGCGGCUGUUGGGAUGGCUCCUAUCUUCUCCUUGGUUUACUCUUCUCCACUAUCUCCAUCCGUCCAUCACCUUUUAUUUAAAGGGCAAGAUUCUAGGGUGGGUACUGUCUUUCUUUUCUCACUUUUAUCCCAUUUCUUGAGUGACAGGCUUUUGUUAACUUGCACACAAAGGGUAUUUCUGUCCAUGAUCAAAUGGGUGUGGUUGAGCUAAUGUUUUUCCAAGCUGCUUAAGGGUGAGCCCCCUUAUUUUUAUUUUAAACUGCAGUUUUUCAUUUCUGCUGACUAAAGAGAAGUUUUUAUGCCUUGUGAGCCUGCACUGGGCACCCACAUGGCCUCUCAAUGGGGUGGAGAUGGCUGAGGGGGGUUUCUGUACCCUCCUGCCCUGUGGGACCUGUCACGCCUCUAAUGAUCAGAUGGUCACUCCGCGUUGUUGGAUUUCCUGGAGGUGUUUGAGACCCUGGUGAUUUGCACCAUUUUGUCUCACUCAAUUUUCCCAUACUGCUCUGCUAUUAAUUUUUUUUUACAUAGAGAAGAGGAGGAGAUCUGAAGUCUCUGGAUGAAAUUCAUCCCCUGCAGCUGAAUGAAAUGCACACUCAGCUGGACAUGGGUCUGUCCUGGCUUUUGGAGUAUUUUCUGUGCAGAUAGAGCUAAACUUAGUUUCAUGUGUAAAAUUUCCCAUUCACCUCAGAGGAUGUUUCACUUAACCAGUAAUCCACAAUGAUGAGAUUUCUAUGAACUAUAGGACCCAGGAGGCUUGAAGAGAGUAUCUGAGUAUGUCUCUCGCUUUGGCAUGGUACAUUCAGGAAUGGCUGGGGUCCAGGCUGAUAUCAGUACCUCUGCUUUAAAAAGAUUUAAGUUAUAAAAUUUGGGCAGUUCCUUGGGGUUUUUUUGAAUCAGCUUUCCCCGAUUUCCACCACCAGCAUCUGGCUUGGCACAAUUUUAACACACAGCUUCAGGUUGCAAACAGAAUUUAAAUUUUCAGACAUACGAUGCUAGCUUUGUAAGUGGUAAUUGCAUCAACUUAGGAUCAAUGGAGCAGAAUAAUAUCUGCCCACUAAUAACAGCUUAAUAAUAUUAAUAACACUGGCCCUGUCAUGAAUUACUUUAAAAUAGGGAUUGUAGGAUAGUAAUGUAAACAUUGAUUUUUUCUUGGGACAGUAUUGUAAAUUAGAUAUAACUCUCUUCAGUAUGUAGUUGAUACCAGACAAUGCAGAAAAUGUAUCAGAUUACCUCUAAGGUGGGUGGAGAGGGAAAAAAUGAAGGCAUUGGGGAGGUGAUUAUAUAAAUGAAAUGAUCCUGGACCAGAAGCUGAAAGCUCAGAGCUGCACAGCACUCAAUAUUGCUGCCAUCCAACCUGACCCAAUUAAUAACAUAUUAGUGCAGGACAGGUCUGUUCAAUGGUUCAGGUCUGUUAAUUGAAAUAGUGUGAUUAAUGGCAUUGAAAGAGAUGAGGAAUGCUGAGAAAAAUGACGGGAGUCUGCAGCUCUCUGCUGCAGCUGAGCAUCGCUUGGGGCUGAGGGAGGUGGGGGGCAGCUGUGCUCCUCGCAGAGCCCGGCCUUUGUGUUUCAGCACCCUGUGGCUGGGCUCUGGCUCUGCUUUUAACCACCUUGAGAUCCCACCAGCACUCUGCUCUGAGCUCGGUGUCAAUGCCAGAGUUGGAGAGAUGGCAGCUGGAAGGACCAAAUCCCUCCUCAGCCUUUCCCAUGGACACGGGGGAACCACAUGCCCUUGGUGGCACUGAUGCCCAUGUGGUGUCCACGCCAAUGUCCGGGCUGCAUCUGGCUGCUGGGGCUGGGCCGAACACAGAGCCACCAUUCUCAUGGGUGCCAGCACCCGCUGCCACUGUGCGGGUGGAGACAUCGAGACCCCAGCAUCAGCGGGGCUUUGUUCCCAGGAGCUCACACACACCCAGCAUCUCUGUUUCCCCUUCUGGAGGCCAAUUUUUGUGUUGAUUCCAAUUAACCCCAGUGCUGAUGUCUCAAGGACAGCUCUGGAAGCAGCUUUGCAGAAAAGCAGCAAUUUGGAAACAUGUUGUGGGGCUGCAAUGGCACCUCAGAGUCCAGCCUUAAUUACAGCAAAAAAACAGACAGAGCUGUGCAAUGACUUGAGCCACUGUCAUUUGCAGAAUAAUCUGGCUGCAAGAUUACCUCCUGCCAUCUUGUCCUUACAUUGGUGCCUCUGCUUGAACACAGGGCUCAGCAUGGGUUAAGGUGUGUGUGAUGCACACCCUGGGUGUUUUCCUGGCAAAAAACAAGUCUUCCCUUUCUUCUCCAUAUUAAAUAUGCACCCUGCAGCUGGUGUGUGAGUGUUCUGGGGAGGCAGGCAGAGGGCUUUGCUUCCAGGGAGCCAGGGCGAGCAAGCAGCUCAUCCUAAAUUGUUGCCCCCUGGCCACAGGGAAUGAAGCAUUAUUGCUUCAAGAUCUGCUCUGCCCUGGUUCUUUCUGGCAUUUCCAUUGUCCCCAUGAAAGUUGGGUGUGAGCUUGUCUCCCCUGCCUCGGGGCCAGCCGCACACCAGUGGCUCCCUCUCAGCAUGGAGCCUGCCAUGCAACCCCGGGAAUUCACACUCAGUUUGAAAUGCCCAAAUCCAAAGUUUUUGGAGGAUGGUGUGGCUAAUGGGGACAGUCCCUGAGCCUUCAUUCCUGGCAGAGGCUGCAUAAGCCACAGCAGCUGUUUUUGGACUGUCAGAGGCAAAGGGACAGAACUACAAAAGCAGCAGCAACACCGGGGAGGAGCGGGUUCAGAGGCAAGUCAAAGCAUGGCUUUUAACUUGGGGAAUAAUAAAUGAAUAGAAAGACCCACAGUGCCACAAUGAAACAUCCCUUAAAUCCUUUGUUUUCAUUUUGGAUGAUAAAGGAAAAUCAUUAGGGCUCAAUUAAUCAUGAAAGACAGGGGUCCUUCUGCAUUGCACUGGCUUGAGAAAACAACUCCUGUUCAAGAGCACAUCUUCCCCAUCCAGUGUGGGAUCAUUAAAUAUCAAACACUGUAUUUGUGCUAUUUGCAUUGCCUCUUGCACCCUUGUGCGGGAUGAAAACCCUGCAGCGAUAAUUGAUGUACAUGGUUUUAAAGGCACUCAGCUCUCUGCCUUUCAGAGCUUAAAACACAGAGAAAUGAAGGGGAAGCUCUGAACAGCAGAGGCUGCCGGUGCCGCUUCAGCAGUUUAGUGCGAUAAAAGAUAAAAGAAAAAGGGGAAGGAGUGACAGAGGAGUUUAGGUGACCCUGACACGGGGAGAAAAGGGUUUGGGGCACAUUGCCUUUCCCUUGGGGAUGGAGAGGAGGGAACAGGGUAGGUGACAGUCACCACCAGACUUGUGGUCAGAUUCAGCCAUGCUGCCAGUCCCAGCAUGCCCCUGGGAUGAACUGGUGUCUCCUCCCUGCCAUGCUGGGGGAAAACUUUGCUGCAUCAGGCUGUGCACAUGUACAUGAGGUCUUUAAAUAUUCAUAAAGAAGUAACAGAUGUUGAGACAAUGGGCAAGACAAACUCUGAACUGAGAAGGUUCCUGAAGCCAUUUGCAUGCUGGCCCAGCUGCAAGCCCUCACUAUGUGACUGGUGGGACCCUUGGUGGUGCCAACAUGGGGCUGUGGUUUGGGCUGAGCAGACAGAGGACAGCCCAAGAGGAAAUAAAUAGUCCAUAAAAAAAUGUCCCACAGCAGAACAGUCUUCCCCAACCUCUCUCUCUCCCCAGACGUGGCCAUGCUGCAGGCUGCAAUUUGUUUUUGUCACCAUGGGAAAUGUAAGGCAUAGCAGCUGUGCUUUACUUACUGCAUUUAUUCCCCUUCCCUCUCCCUUCAUUUCUUUGCUGAGACUGCAAAUAAAAGAGCAGAAGAGUGGGUCUGUGCCACUGUCACUGUGCUCAAAGGCAGGGAGGGUAGAGGCCGCCAGGAGAGGCUGAGGUGCCCACAGAGAAGAGCCACUGUGCAGGGCACGGAGGAGAGACGAGCACCUGGGUCUUUGCCGUGUUUUUAGCACAUGAGAGCCUGUGCAGUGGGGCAAAAUGAGCCUCUCCAAGCAGUCACCUUGGGGAGAGGUUACGCAGGGUUUCAGCAGGAGGUCGAGUAUGGGAUGGGGUUGGGUACCAGCUCACCUGUCCAUGGGGAAGGAAGAUGCUCAUGCUGUCACAGGUGCCUCUACAGCUUUGGGAGGAAAAGCCUGUCUGAGGCUGCCCAGACUAAAGCAGAAGGGACCUGCCAUGGCUCUGGCACUCAGGGAUUUCAUUCCUUCCUCUCCGUGCAAUUUUUUCCUUCCUUCAAGCAGAGACCACAGCAGCCUAAACAAAUAAGCUGUAAUGUAAUUUUAAAUAUAUGCUUUGAAUUCACA